AUGUCGCUUCAAUCUGAAUCUGAAGGUGAUAUUACAAUAAAAUCAGAAGUCAUUGAAUCUGAAAAGCUCCCUGUGGACGACCAAAAUAUGGCAGAUACGACAGAACCAGUUAAAACCGAAGAACUCGCAUCUCAACAACCCGUCGAACCUGAAAUUAAGGGCGAACUUGCUACCGAGUCCGCCACUGAACCGGAAGUGAAAGAAGAGCCCGAUACAUCAUUGGCUGAUACAAAUAAUGAUGCCAAUACGGACUUAGAAAUAAAGGAGGAACCAAACCCUGCUUUUGAUUCAGACGCGGUCCCAUCCCAAUACCCCAUUACCAAUACAAUCUAUAUCUGGAAUUUGUCACGACCACUAGUCAUUCUUGAACUUCAAAGACACAUUAUUUUAUGUGCAGGCGGUCAGAAACCUAAAAAAAUAUGGUUUGAUAGAAUUAGAACACACUGUUUUGUUGAGUUUGAAGAUACAAACGCGUCCAAACUCGCUCGUGAGGCCAUCCAUAUGUCUCGAUUUCCCCCGCAACAUGAGCAUCGUCCAUAUAUGAUGGCCGAUUAUAUACCACCUGAGAAGCUGGGUGAAUGGAUAGAAAUGGAAGAAAAGGAAGGUGUUCGAUCUUUGAAAAGAUGGGGUGUCAAAUAUGGCAAGGAUCAGGAUGGUCAAGCCACUGCUGAAUUGAUUCUUGACCCAGGAAAUACCACACAAGCCAAACCAAAAAAAGAGUCUUUAAGUAAAGAGAACAAAGAUACCACGAAUUCUAACGCGCUACAACGGUCUUCGAGAGAUUAUGAUGAUGGAGACAAAGACAUGGAGGAGGACCGCCGGAGAAGCAGUCGGCAUCGUGGCUCACGGGAUGAAGGCUCGCGCUCACGCUCGCCCGCUGGCCGACGGUCACGGGAUCGUGGGUAUUCACGUUCGCCAUCUCCUAACGGUCGUCGCCGAUCUCGUUCACCUGGAUACUCGCGCUCCAGGUCGCGUUCUCGCUCUCGGUCUCCCUCCCGUUCUCGGUCCCGCUCAUGGUCGCGAUCGCCAUCGCGCUCUCCCAACCGCUCGCGCCGAGAUGGUUCACCGGCUCCGAUUAUGCACACCAAAACUAAGCCAUCACGUAUUUUUGCUGAACCACCGGAGAGAAUUGUGGCAGAACGUCUUCGCCGAUCGGGUUCUGGUGCUUUAGGGAAAAGAUCUUUUGAGCGUAAUUUGAAUUAUAGUAUGGGUCGCAAAACAGGUACUCGCAAGCAGCGCGAAAUGGACAGAGAACGGGAUAGAGAGAGAUCAAGAAGAUCUAGAAAUCGAUAA